UUGCUACAUUGAAAAACGAAAGGUGAAAAACUCUUACGAAACGUGAGCAGUCAACGGCACAAGAAAAUAAUAAAAAAAAAUUAACAAAUUCACUUAUCAAUGUUGAGAGAAAACAAAAGCUUAAAUGCAAAAAUAUCUCAAAAUAAAUUUUCACAAAAAAAUCUUUCGUUGAAAUAUUUUAUAAAACAACUGAAUCGAUAAAAAGAUUGCUGGAUACAAAAAGCAACAACACAAAGUGCCGAUUUCGAGUGCAACAAAUUUUAAAUCGAGAAAAUUUUUAACCCAAACGCUUAAUAAAGAGGAUACAUCGAAAUGUGUUCAAAGGAGUUAUUCCUGUUUGUUUGUUUAGUUGGUCUGCUCGGUGGCCUCAGACUAACCUCAACAACGACAACCACCACAUUUGUAGCUGCGAUGUCAAUUGGCAAUCAGGACAUAGAACGCUAUUUUCGUUCAGUGAAUGCUUCACAGUCAUUAGCCGUGAUGACCGAAGAUCGCAUUGCUAUGGAUACAUAUACAUUUGCCUUCAUCAAUUACACCUAUUACGGCGAUGAUCACAUUAAGCACGAGGUGCAAUAUGCAGAAGAGAAGGCACGUUAUGGUGAGGGUAGAAUUCUGUCUGUCAAAGGUAAAUUAGUGCACGUUACCGAUGCGAAUGAUUUCACUGAUGACUAUGCAUGCUCACCAAAUAUUUUGGGCACACUCGGUAAUCCAACACCAUCGUCUGGUGUGUCAUGGAUUGCUUUAGUGCGUCGCGGUCGUUGUACUUUCGAGGAGAAGGUGAAGAAUGUGCACUACAAGGGCGCAGCAGGCGUUAUUGUGUACAAUGAUAAGACAGUUCCAAACCUGGAAAAAAUGCAAAUAAAGGGCAAAACUCGUAAUAUAACUGCUGUGAUAACUUAUCUAGAACUCGGAGCAAGUAUGGCUGAUAUUGUUGAUCGAGGUUUUGAUAUGGAAGCUGCCAUUAUUGAAGGCAAAAGUGGCAUGCGGCCUAUUAACACUUUAAAUAGAACUUCUGUGUUAUUUGUUUCAAUUUCAUUUAUUGUACUUAUGGUUGUAUCUCUGGUUUGGCUGAUCUUCUACUACAUACAGAGGUUUAGAUAUCUACAAACAAAAGACCAACAAUCGCGCCACUUGUGUUCCGUUACCAAAAAAGCUAUAAUGAAAAUUCCAACCAAAACUGGAAAAAGCAGCGAUGAGAAAGAUAUUGACAGCGAUUGUUGCGCUAUCUGCAUUGAAGCUUACAAAGCCUCUGACUGUAUUCGAGUACUACCUUGCAAGCAUGAGUUUCAUAAAAACUGUAUCGAUCCUUGGUUAAUUGAACAUCGUACUUGCCCGAUGUGCAAGUUGGAUGUACUUAAGUAUUACGGUUAUGUGUUUUUGGGCAGUGAAGAGAGUAUUUUGGAAUACGAACCAGAUCGUUCAACAAAUAAUACUACAGGCACUGGAAACGCCAAUGGUGCAACCGGUGGUCAAACACCAUCUGCUGCACUUUCGGAUCUCAUUCGUAGUCGCGAAUUUGUUCUAGAUUUUCCACGGUUCUUUGUUGUGGAUACCAGUGCAGCCAGCGCAACACGUGAGUCACUCUUUCUUGCACGUAUGCCCGAACGUUCACAGUCUUCUUUGUCUUUGGCUCAAGCUAAAGAUUGGAUGUUCCAAAUGUCGAAUAAACUAGACCAGCAACAUGGUUUGCGUUAUAUACAAAAAAACGGUGAACAGAGUGAUAUGCGAGAGAAUCUGCUAGGUUUACGUGCAGAAUCCGUUAAAAAGCGUCGUUCCCGUUCUGCAGAUGGUCGAUUCUCAAAUGGUUUCAUAGGACGUAAAGAAUUUUUAUUGCAACGCCAACAACAGCAGGAACAGAAACAACAACAACUGACCAUAGCUACAGCAUCCACAGCACGAAGCAGACGUAAUAGUGAGAUUUUGCGACAACUCACUGAUUCUGCUUUUGCACAGUCAAAGCAACGUCAGAAGGAAUUACUGACUGCUGCAGCAAACAAACGUGAAUCACAUCGUCACAGUGUUAUAUCACUCAAGGAGCUUAACCCAAGAGAAGCAACAAAUGCUGAAGCAACUACUGCUGACGCAAGUGGCAACCCAAAUUCAACAAGCAUCACCAUACAAAUAAAUGGUGAAGGUGUUGAAUUGGAUUAGUGAAUCUCUUUUCGUUCAUUAACAUAUACUUUAUUUAACCUAUGCUAUUUAUAAUAUGUUCUCUUUAAAUUAUUUU